AUGAAAGAAUCUAGACAUACGUGUUAUACAUCAUUUCAUUGUUUAGAUUGUCGAAAUCAAUUUAAAUGUAAACGAGAAAAGGAAAUGAAAAGGGAUGAACGUGAAAAAGCAUAUAAAGAGGAUAAAGUUCCUGAAUGUGAAUUAUGUAAUGUUAAACAUUUUAGAUGUUUAACAAAAAAAUGUACUAUGUGUUGCGAAUUAAAUAAAUGUAGAACAUAUCCAUGUCAAUAUUGUAUUGAUAAUAAUAUUGAAUGUAAAUAUUCGAUAAUAAAAUCCAAAGAAGAAUUUGAAAAAUUUAAAGAAAAAAAUAUGUCAGCAUUUAUUGGUCAAUUAGAACUUAGUAAGGAAGGUGUUUGUCAUGUGCAAGCAUAUUGUCAAUUUAAGAAAAAGGUUUUAAUGGCUAAUAUUAAGAAGAUGUUUGGAGAUAAUAGUAUUUCUUUUCCAGAUAUCAUGAGAG